UUGCAGAGAUUCCGACUCGAACCUGUACCAAAGAACGAAUACGGAGAAUUUUACAUCGGGGAUGCUUACACAAAAUACGAAGCAUGGGAUAUUCACUUCUGGAUCGGUGAGGGUGCCACUCCGGAUGAAGUCGGGGCCGCUGCCAUCACUGCUGUUCAAAUCGAUCAAGCCUUAGGCGGUUUCCCGGUACAGCACAGGGAAGUGCAAAACCACGAAUCAUCACUAUUUCUGUCCUACUUCCCCAAUGGGAUACGAUAUAUCAUGGGUGGAUACGAUUCCGGUUACCAUCAUGUAGAGGGUCUGUUCGACAAUUUCAAGCCUCGAUUAUAUCACUGUAAAGGCAAAAGGAAUGUCAGGUGCACGGAGGUAGAGUUCAAGAAACAAUCUCUCAAUCUUGGCGAUGUUUUCUUACUCGAUUUGGGCAAAGACAUCUACGUAUGGAUGCCACCAAAGAGUGGAAGACUGGAAAGGAUCAAGGGUAUGGCUCGUGCUAAAAACAUCGCUUUUGAUGAAAGAAAUGGAGCAAGCUCUGUUCAUGUUCUCGAUUCUGACUGGGAUACGGACGAAGACUUCUGGUCACAUUUUGGAGGACCAAGCACUGUGAAAAGCGUUGCUGCUGCUCAGGAUGACGACGAAAACUAUUGGAAGAGAACUACAGAACAAAUGACAUUAUGGAGGCAAGCAUAA